UCGAAAUCGCCAUCUGUAAGCUCUCUUUGGAAUUGAACAUAGAAAUCUGCUUUGUUUUGACUGACGCCGACGCGACGCUCAAACUUUGACACAACAAAACAAUAAUAACAAAGUUCUAUGAAGGCGAACUAAAAUAGACGCAACAAUGACUCUUUUACCUCUCGAAUUAAUCGAAAGGAUAUUGUACUUUUCCGAUGGCCAAACAUUAAGAGCAGCGAAAUCGAUUGAUCCGGCCUGGGGAGAUAUCGUUAACUUUCUUACGGAGAAAACGAGUAUAUGGAAGUGGUGCUGUCACGAGGAGAUUCCGCAAAGUGAACUCGAAAACUACCUCGAUAAGUAUGAAAAUUACAUAGACGAUAGUAAAUGGUUCAAUAUUUACGAUAAUUGGAGUUCGUGGCGUAACAUUAAGGAUAAUGUACACUUUGACACGGUUCUGUGUCCUGUCGACGUACCUCGAAUUACUUAUGUUGCCGUAUCGGGCACAUUUAUCGCAGUCGGCUCGGAAGACGGGCGUGUAAAAAUUUUCGAGGAAACUUGGGGUCUUUUACACACGGCUCGAUAUCAAGCGGUUAAAAUUACCGACAUCACUUUUAUGUACGAUGACGAGUCGGGACCUGUCGAAGCGGACCGGAUAUUUCUCCUUUUGGCCUACAAAACUGGAACAUUGAUAUUAACGGAAUUUGAUGGGAAAUUAAACGAGCUAGCCGUGAUACAAGAUGUCAAAUUGCAUAGUAUCUAUCAAAAAUAUCUGUGCUACGAAAGAAGAGGGGGAAGAAUAACGAUCUCGAAGCUGUGCAGGGAGGCGAAUGGCUCACGUAUCUUUUGCGAAAUCACCUUUUUACGAAUCUAUUCACCGAACGAGGUAUCCUGUCUGCACAUGUGGAGUGGUUUCGCUACAUUUUUAAUUAAUAAUGAAGUUAAAGUGCUGAAGUUUGAUCAAAGCAUUCCGCCUGUUAGUAGCGUAGAGAAUAAAGUGCACAUCGCGUUUUGUAACAAAAAUCAGUCACGGCUAGCCCGUUCGUGCCACAUUUACAGAAAUAACAUCAUAAUAUGUGCUUCGACCGAUGAUGGUUUACGUGAGCAGUUUCUAGAGGUCUUCAUUUUGGGCGAAAAGCAUCAGUAUAGCAAAAAAUUAUUUAACAGUUGGACUGCAUUGCAGGCUAACAUUACCUGUAUGUUUUUGUACGGUAAUAUUUUCGUCGUUGGUGUAGAUGUUGGCAAUGUGUAUUUUUACCAUGUUACAUCGUGGAAGACAUUUGACAUUCGUAAUUAUGAAAAGAAGGUCAUCAUUGGAAGACAUCCGAUUAUAGGAAUAGAUGUGAAGGAAACGAAGCAGGAACGACGAUUCUUUGUCACAUCUAGCUUUAAUAUACAUCAAGUGAUUGGCUUUACAGUAUUAGCUACAUGAACUACAUGGUGAUACUAUUUUUAAAAAAUGCAUUUUUAUUGACUGUAAUUGAUUGUGUGAACUAACUAUAAUUUGUGUCGUUUGCAAUAAGUUAGAAAUGCUUGGGUUAGCAAUACACAAUGUUCUUUUGAUGUGUGAACAUUCUCCGAGUUUUACAAAUUAAUGUCUUUUAUAAAAGCAAAGCAUAAAAGGGGUUAAUUUCACCAUUAAAACAAUUAAUGUGUCCUUGUUGCUCUUUCAUUAUAUAUAUUGUUAAUUGAAUAUGUAAACUGUGGCAAAUGGGGUACAAAAUGAUUUUUCAAUUUGUUCUAUAUUUAUGUAAUUUAUUAUCCAGGCCAGAGUUGAGGACGUGCAUCAAGUGUCCAUCCCCAAAGAACUUGUAUACUGUAUACAGGCAAACCCAUAAGUAGUUGCGAUUACCAAAAUUCUCAAAUGAGACACAGGACUCUGCCAAUGUUGAAGUAAUCAUUUUUCACGUUUCUUUAGUAUACAGCAAAUAUUUGAUAAAUUAAGUAUAUGGAAUGAAUUGCGCAUACCUAGGAUUCGCUUAAUUAUGGAGUUUCCCUAGUUGCAAGUCGUCUUAAGCAGUUACAAGCACGGGAAGUAAUAUGAAAGCACUACUCAGCACUGGUUCUCGAUUUGAAAUUUUGUUGAAUAAAAUUUGGAUGAUAAA